GCGGCGGCUUCUUCCUCCUCCCGCGAUGGGGCUCCUGUCGCAGGGCUCCCCGCUGAGCUGGGAGGAGACGCAGAAGCACGCGGAGCACGUGCGCAAGCACGGCAUCCUCCAGUUCUUGCACAUCUACCGCGCCGUGCGGGAGAGGCACAAGGACGUGCUCAAGUGGGGGGACGAGGUGGAAUACAUGUUGGUAGCUUUUGACCAUGAGAAGAAGAGAGCUCAGUUGUCUUUAAUUGGAGAAGAAGUUCUUCAUACUUUGCAAGAAAAGGGUGAAAGAGUAAAUCCUAACCAUCCAACUCUGUGGAGGCCAGAAUAUGGAAGCUAUAUGAUUGAAGGGACGCCUGGACAGCCUUAUGGAGGAACAAUGUCUGAAUUUAACACUGUGCAAGACAACAUGAGGAAACGGCGCCUGGAAGCUGCUUCUGUUCUGAAACAAAAUGAAGCUCUCUGCACUGUCACGUCAUUUCCAAGAUUAGGAUGUCCAGGAUUUACGAUACCGGAGACCCACCCAACACCUGUUGAGUCAGGAGCAUCUAAGUCUCUCUUCUUCCCAGACGAAGCCAUUAACAAACAUCCCAGAUUUAGUACCUUAACAAGAAAUAUUCGGCACAGAAGAGGAGAAAAAGUAGUGAUAAAUGUACCAAUAUUUAAGGACAAGAAUACGCUGUCGCCGUUCAUAGAAACAUUCCCUAAUGAUGAUGGUGAAGCAGCAAGAGCAGCCAAGCCUGACCAUGUAUACAUGGAUGCUAUGGGGUUUGGAAUGGGCAAUUGCUGCCUUCAGGUAACAUUCCAGGCUUGCAGCAUUUCUGAAGCAAGAUACCUCUACGAUCAGCUAGCUACCAUCUGUCCCAUUGUGAUGGCUUUAAGUGCUGCUGCUCCAUUCUACAGAGGCUAUGUGACUGAUAUUGAUUGCCGUUGGGGAGUAAUAUCUGCAUCGGUAGAUGAUAGGACGCAAGAGGAGAGGGGAUUAGAGCCACUGAAGAACAACCGUUACAGAAUCAAUAAAUCCAGAUACGAUUCCAUAGACAGCUACCUGUCUGAGUGCGGUGAAAAGUACAAUGACAUUGAAUUGACAAUAGAUAAAGAAAUCUAUGACCACUUAGUCAGUGAAGGUAUAGACCAUCUUUUGGCACAGCACAUUGCUCACUUAUUUAUUCGAGAUCCGUUGACUUUAUUUGAAGAGAAAAUUCAUCUGGAUGAUGCAAAUGAAUCUGACCAUUUUGAGAAUAUUCAGUCAACAAACUGGCAGACUAUGAGAUUUAAGCCACCGCCUCCAAAUUCAGAUAUUGGAUGGAGAGUUGAGUUCAGACCCAUGGAGGUUCAGUUAACAGACUUUGAAAAUUCUGCCUAUGUUGUAUUUGUGGUGCUGCUGACCAGAGUCAUUCUUUCAUACAAACUGGAUUUCCUGAUUCCUUUGUCCAAGGUGGAUGAAAACAUGAAAGUAGCGCAGAGACGGGAUGCUGUGCGGCAGGGCAUGUUUUAUUUCAGGAAGGAUAUUAGUAAAGGUGGCAAUGCUGUAGUCGAUGGAUGUGGCCCAGCUCAGAAUGGUACGGAAACAGAUGCAGAAGAGUAUACCUUAAUGGGCAUUGAUACAAUAAUCAAUGGGAAGGAAGGUGUGUUUCCUGGUUUAAUUCCAGUUUUAAACUCUUACCUUGAAAACAUGGAAGUGGAUGUGGAUACAAGAUGCAGCAUUCUAAACUACUUAAAACUGAUAAAGAAGAGAGCAUCAGGAGAGCUGAUGACAGCCGCUCGAUGGAUGCGAGAGUUUGUUGCAAGCCACCCAGACUACAAGCAAGACAGCGUGAUCACGGAGGAAAUGAAUUACAGCCUGAUUUGGCGAUGCAACCAGAUUGCACAGGAGCAAGUGGAGUGCCCUGAGCUGCUGGGAAUCUCCAUUAACAAAGUAAAAUACUCUGGGACUAAAACCGAUGCCUUUUGAUGGAAGG